AUGAAUAUUUUUCAAAUGAAACAUUUUAUAAUCAUGAGUAUAUUUCGACUUUCAUUUUUAUAUAUUAAUAAAAUUUAUAUUUUAAUUUUUGUGGAAUUAUAUAUAACACUUAUUGUACAAUGUAUACCUAUUCAAGAAUUGUAUAAUUUGUCGAAUAAACACACGAUUUCAACAGUGUUGAACACUACUCAUAUUCAGAGGAACCAGACUAACACUAACAAUCACCAUAAUGAUAAUAAUUUGAAGAUGAAUAGUGGAUUCAGUGAAUUAUGGAAAGAGACAAGUAUUCCACCAGUAAUUGGACGUGUUAUCUGGUGUGUAAAUGAAUCAAAACAAAACUGGAGACAUAUUGAAAAUCGUAUGCAUCAUACUGAUAUGAAUAUUAUUAGUAGUAGUCAUGCGAAUAUACUGAGAAAUAAAAAAUUAAUUUUAUUAAAUUCUGGAAAAUUUAUAUGUCCUCAACCAAAUCAAAGUGAAGAUAUGAAGUAUUGUUGUGGACCUUUGGGAAAACAAACAUGUUGUAAAAUAACAGAUACACCUGGACUUCGAUGGGGUAUACCUUUGGGGGUGAUUGUAACAAUUAUUGUGUUUUUAACAGUUAGUUAUACAAUUCAAGUGUUUCGAGCAUGUGAUCGAUGCUACCAUGAAUGUCCAAUAUUUACUCCAGUUCCAAAUGGUGCUGAAUUUCAAUGGGAUACACGCUGGUAUACUGUAUCACAUGAAGGCAAUCGUUAUGGUGUAACAUUUCACAGUCGACUAUUCGCUAAUGAAUUUAUGAAAUGUUUAGAAGCGGAAUAUGGACGAUGGAAUACAGCCAACAUACUGAAGAUACAACGAGAUGGACAAAAUUUUGUAAUACUGAAUAUAUUUUUUCAUGAUCUUUUCACGCCAUGGUUUUAUACACAAGGACCUAUUAAAAAUGAUGAAGAAUGGAUUCGAACAGAUUUUAAAAAUAUUUGUCAUACUGUUCAGGCAAGGCUAGCAGUCAAUCCUCGUUUCAAAUGGAAAUUGAAUCAAUUCUCUAAUAUCUCAAAGAAUUACACAUCACAAAAACAAACUCAUCCACUGCAGUCAACUGCUAAUACAACUUCAAAUUUAAUUCCAAAUUCACAAUCAGAAGAUGGAAAAAGUACACAUCACCAUCAUCAAAUGAAUACAACGACGACAAAUACCACUAGUGCUACAGCCACACCAUGGAUUCCAUGGACAAAAGUGGCUUACGUUCCAUCACUGACAGAGACAUCAGUUAGAAAACAUUUGACUCGUGGAAUGACUAAAAGUAAAUAUAAAUCAAAGGGUGAGAAUAAAUCAUCUCAGCUGGUGAAUGUUAUCAUCCUAGAGGAUAUUAUUGAAUGUAAUGGAUUAGAUAAGGGAGUACAAACUCAUCAAAAACGAUUACAAACACAUAAAGCAAAUAUUGAUCCUGUCAUAUAA